AUUCCUAGUUCAUGGAUGUGAAAUGCUCAGGAUGCUAUAAAAUCACCACUGUCUUUGGCCAUGCACAAACAGUAGUUCUGUGUGUUGGCUGCUCUACUGUCCUCUGCCAGCCUACAGGAGGAAAAGCAAGGCUUACAGAAGGAUGCUCCUUCAGACGGAAGCAGCACUAAAAGCCCCCAGAAUCAAGAUGAAUGGGAAACCAUCCCAAUAAACACAUUU